AUGAGACCAGAAACUAGUUUUGAUCAAAAUGUUUUUAGAUUGAAAAUUGGCCAAUUAAAAGUUUUAUUAAAAGUUCUCCUUUGUAUCUUUUUUGAAAUGAAGUUUGGUAGUCAAUUAAGGGCAGCAUUAUAUGAUGAAUGGGCCGAAUAUUAUGUUGAUUAUGACGGACUGAAGAAACUCCUUAAACGCGGACUUAAUAAAGAAGGUGGAUAUACCGGAAAAGACGAAACAGAAUUUGUCGAAAAGUUAGAUAAAGAGCUUGAAAAGGUCCACUCUUUUCAAAAUUCUAAAUAUGAAGAUAUCAAAAGUAAAGUUCAACAAUGUGAAAAUUCUGUGAACUCAAUAAGCAAAGAUUCAUCGUCGAAUGCGUCAGAACGCUAUAUUGAGAUAGAACGACAAAUUAACGAUAUUACCGAAGAAUUGAAUGAAUUAGCAAAGUAUAAUAGGCGAACGAAAUAUGAUCUUAAUCCAUUGUUUAAUGUUCGAUUAAAAGCUUGCCCUUUUUAUAAAGAAACCUUUGAACCUAUUAUCAUAAAUCUUUCCCAACUUUAUCAUAUAGUGCAUCAAGGGAUUGGUUCAGAUCAAAGUCCAAGUUCAUUAAAUCUUCCUUCUAUAACUAAUGUAACAUCUUCAACUGCUACGUUACCAUCUCGAGAAAGAUUUAUGCGCCAAUCUCAUAAAUAUUGGAUUCAUCCGGAUAACAUUAUGGAAGUUAAAACCACUAUUUUGCGUCACCUCCCAGUUUUGAUAUAUAAGCCGGGCACUGAUGCUUCUGUCACAUCAAUAUAUUUUGAUAAUGAAGAGUUUGAACUUUAUCAAGAUAAGGUUGAUCGUAAACCUGGGGAUCAGCUCAUCAGAUUACGUUGGUUUGGUAAUAAAGAAUCAACAAAUGAAAUAUUUGUUGAAAGAAAAAUUCGAGAACAAGGUGAAGAAGAAAUUAAAGAUCGGUUCUUGAUAAAAGAAAAAUAUGUUGAUGGAUUCCUAAAAGGCACUUAUUCCAUGGAUAAGACAAUCAAGAAGAUGAAGGAAAAUCCUGGUAAGACCGAAGAUGAUGUGGAAAAUUUUCAGGCAUUGGUUAAAGAUAUCCAGGAUUUCAUUAGGGAAAAGCAUCUGCAACCAGUCCUUCGUACUUAUUACAAUCGUAUGGCUUUUCAAAUCCCACUUGAUGAUCGAGUUAGAAUCUCACUCGAUACUGAAUUCUAUAUGAAUCGCGAAGAUAAUUUUGAUGUAAAACGUCGUCAGGGCGAUGCUUGGCGUCGAACGGAUGUAGACGAUGCUGAUUUUGGAAAAUUGGCUCCAUCUGAAUGUACCAAAUUCCCUUAUGCUAUCUUAGAAAUUAAACUCAAUUUAAACGGUGAACAAGAACCAAAUUGGGUCAAAGAAUUAAUUAAAAGUGGUCUGGUCGAAGAAGCGCCACAAUUUUCAAAAUAUGUUCAUGGUGUUGCAACUUUGUUCACUUCUCAAGCACCUUCUCUACCGUAUUGGUUGCCCAAUAUCGACAAAGAUAUUCUUAAACCAAGUGCACGGACGUCAUCUGGAUUAUAUGGUAUUAAUCAAGAACGUUCAAGGCGUUCGGGGAAAAAUUUAAUUGAUAUCGAUUCUAAAGACAAGAGGGAUAAAGGAAAAGCCGUCGAAGAUUCAGAUAUACGUGAUAAUAGACCUAUCGGUCUUAGAACUUUUAGGAAAAUCUUUCGAAGGCGGACUCGAUCAAGACCAGAUAGAGUAAUUCUACCUUAUAAUGUUAAAGCCCCAGAAAAAAUGUCAGAAUCUGUAAAAGUGGAGGCAAAAGUGUUCUUUGCUAAUGAAAGAACGUUCUUUUCAUGGAUGAGAUUCAGCGUUCUUUUAAGUUCUUUUGCAUUAGCAUUAUUUAAUGCAUCCGCUGCAGAUAAUGAACUUGGAAUGCGAUGUGCUAUGGCUUAUACAGCAAUAGGUGUUUGUAGUUUAACGUACGCAGUUUACAAAUACAAUACGAGACUUAGUAUGAUCAAUGCUAAACAUCCAGGCCCUUAUGAUGAUAUUAUUGCUCCAAUUUUGGUAUGCGUUUCUCUAACAAUUGCUUUCGGAUUAAAUUUUUAUUUAAAACUUCAUCCAAAAAUGAUUGAAGGAAGUCGUAGUAUUGAAGGAAAUACUAAUGAUAGCGCAACAUGA